AUGGCGGAUUUCAACGAUAUAAAUUCACACAGUAUGACAGAAAAUAAUAUUUCAAAACGUUGUAAUAAUCAAUGGGUUCGUUUAAACGUCGGUGGGACGUAUUUUUUAACAGCAAAAACAACAUUAGCACGAGAUCCAAAUUCGUUUCUCUAUCGACUAUGUCAAGAGGACUCCGACCUCAUUUCCGACCGGGAUGAAACGGGAGCUUAUCUGAUAGACAGGGAUCCAACGUACUUCAGUCCAGUCUUAAAUUACCUCCGUCAUGGAAAGUUAGUGAUAAAUAAAGAUCUCACUGAAGAAGGUGUACUCGAGGAGGCUGAGUUUUAUAAUAUUACUGAAUUAAUAAGACUUGUUAAUGAAAGAAUUAUUUUGAGAGACACACGACCGACUCGUGAUUCAAAAAAACAUGUUUAUCGAGUAUUACAGUGCCAUGAAGAUGAGAUUACACAAAUGGUAUCCACCAUGUCUGAUGGUUGGAAAUUUGAACAGCUAAUUAAUAUUGGUUCACAAUACAACUACGGGAAUGAAGACCAUGCUGAAUUCUUAUGUGUUGUAAGUCGCGAAUAUGGACCAAGUCAAUUGACAAGUAAAGAGCAGGAAUCCACCGAUCGUGUUAAGGUACCGAUAUCUUAUUCGCAUUCUGCUCACGCCAGCCGAAAUAGUCGUGAAUAG